AUGUCUAUUUUUAGAACUGUAUGGCUGGAUCUAGAGAUGCAGAAACUACGGAUUGGCUUAACAAAGCGUCAGUAUCAGACCUUGGUGCAGUUGGGAGAGGGUUUGGAUCAGGCACAAAAAGCCGCACCGUAUCGAAAAUACCGACCGAAUUUGACAUCGUAUCGUGGCCACUACAAGGAGUGGUGGCGUUUUGCGUACACCUGCGUUCUCGAGAAAACCGUGCGACGGUGUCAUCGCAACUGGAACUGGGAUCACAUGAAGCUUCACCGCGAUACUUGCCGCGCCUAUGCCGAGGCCUAUCAGACUAAACUAACAACGAGGAAGCUAGCAAAAGAGAUCGAGGAACGCCUGACAGACUAUGAAAGGAAACUGGACAUCUUCAACUUAGUGAUUAUCCGACAGCAGAUCGAAAUGGAAGUUGAGAGACUGGCAGAACGGGAAAAGACUCUGAAGGCGAAGCGAGGUUGGUUCGGUUUCCUGUGGACCAGUUCGCAGGUCGAGGAGACGAAGGAACUCAACUCGGCUGCGGCCAUCAUGCGCAGGUUCGAGGAGGCGAUGACGCCACAGGAGAAGGAGAAACUCUAUCGGGCGAUUGAUUAUCAAGAGAAUUCCGUGCCCGAGCAUUAUCCAGAAACAUACGAGAUGAUCGACACACGUUUCCUUUUGCAUGAGCUGCAAAUUUCUUUGCUGGACACAGACAAGGAGUACCCGUGUGUCUUGGACCUACAGCUACAUGGCGUACGAGCAGGCUUCAAGUCGCGACCAUCCGCGAACGCGAUCUUUGUCACUGCCUCUAUUAGCGACAUGAAAUUGCUUGGCGCAACACAAAAAGGUCGGGUGCCCUCGCUCUUCAUCCCAGAACAUGGUAGCUCUGAUUGCGCCCUGCUGUCGGUCUCCUAUGAGAAGAAUCCGCUCGACAGGCUGUGCGGUGACCGUGUAGUCGUCAAGUCCCGAUCCGUCGACAUCAUCUAUGACGCGCAAACCAUUAAUGAGCUAGUCGAUAUGUUUAAGGUGCAAGACUCUUCGAUGCUGAGUCAGCUGCAAAUAGCCGCGGCAGAACAAUUGGAAGGCCUAAAGGAAAUGUCGGCACUCGGAUUGGAGUAUGCUAUAGAAAAACAUUCGAUAUUGGACAUACAAGUGGAUAUGCAGGCAUCGCAACUUAUAAUACCGCACGGUGGUCUCUAUGAAGACUCGAAGGCAUUAAUCGUUGUGAACCUAGGUAGUUUAAAGAUGCAUUCUUUGGAGAAGGGCAAGAGUGACUUGGCUGGCGUUAGCGUUAAACAGUUGGUUAGCAUGGGCAAGAGCGAGGCGGAAGUAAUGUUGCAUCUAAGAGAGCACAGCUAUGACAAAUUCGUUUUGAAGAUAGUUAACUUUCAGGUGUUGGUCUCGCUACCGAAUGAAGAAUGGCGAUCAGCCUUGGCAAAUGCCGAGAGUUCUCUGACAUUACUCCAUCCAACUACAUUGGAAAUUCAGUUCCACAAGUGCCUAGUGACGGAUGAUCCUUUGUUGCCAAAAUUACGGCUCCUCGGUCACCUACCUUCAGUUACAGUGAACAUAACAGAUGUUCGACUCCUUCAGGCGCUCUCAAUCGCGCAGAGCAUUUCUCUACCUCAGGAGGAAAAGCCCGGGGAGUUGCAGCGUACCUCUCUCUCAAAGUCCAUCUCUCAGUUGUCGCUGAAGUCAUCUCUCGGUUAUUUGAAAGAACUUGGCUCCACGAUAUCCAAUAUUGCUGAUAAAAGAAAGCAUCACCAAACAUCAGCUACCGCGCCAAUGAAGCAGACCACUGACUUGGAGAUGAAAUUCGAGAUGAAAGAGUUCACGCUGUCGGUUUCCAUACGAGACGAUGUCACAGUACCCUUGGAAUUUAUUAGAUUCCAGGUGCUGCAGCUGGAGGCAGAAAUGUUACAACGUACGUACGAUCAAGAGGUGCAAUUGAGAUUGGGUGGCGUGCAAAUGCGACAGCUGUACGAGGGUCAGGAGAUCUUUAUGGUAAACACUCCAAUGUCGGCCGGGGGAGACGAGUAUUUGAUCAUCGUGCGAUAUGUAAAUGUAAACAAGCGCUCGCCAGAGUUUACUACGCGCCACGGUUCUGUCGUGAAACUGCUUCGAAUGGAAUUCACUUCGCUGGACACAUUGUUACACCAAGAAGCGCUUAUCGAGCUGCUACGAUUUAGUACGUACAUUCAGGAUCGAAUAGACUCGCUCGAAGAUGUUCAGAAGAAGGAAGCCGAACAUUCUCGAUCAAUCCGUUUGACCUCUAUUCAGGAGGAAACUUCUGGUUUUCUCAAAGAACAGUUACAAAAACAAAGAUUGAGACCCACCGGACGACGUAAAAAACGAACUGUUGAGUGCAUCGAUCUAAAAGUAAACGCCAAGAUUGGCUCGAUCAAUCUGAAGAUUUCCAGCGCUACCCGGGACAUUACCGCGUUCUAUAUUGAAGGUAUCAGCGCCAGUUUUCUCAGCAAGUCUUCGUAUUUGCAAGUAAACGCUGAUUUGACCUCCAUCAGCAUUAAAGAUCUGAAUCCUGUUUCUAUGUACAAGGAUAUCGUAACUGUGGAGGGUACUGAGUCUUUGCAGAUCCAAGCGGUGAUGUAUAACAUCGAGGAAUGGGAAAAGGACAAGAAAAAUAUGUCUGUCAAAGUGUCGAUGGGUUGCCAUCGCAUCGUCUUCUUGAAUGCAUUCGUCACCAGCGUUAUGAAUUUCCUGAACAACUUUCAAACGGCGUAGAAAGCUAUCAAAGACGCAUCGGCGGCAGCAGCAGAAACCGCGAAGACAAACAUCAAGGAUGUCCAACAAAGUGCUUCACGCAUCGAGCUGAAUGUUAGAAUUAAAGCGCCCGUUAUAUACGUGCCGAUGAGCUCCAAGAACGAGCACAGCUUAAUGCUAGACAUGGGCAAUCUCAUGGUAUGUAACGUCUUCAAAAAGCUAGAUGUGAUGAAUGAAGAAACCGAUGAGCGUCCCGUGGUCGAUGAAAUGAAAAUCGAGCUGCAGAACUUGAAACUGUCUCGAGUUCGACUGAACAUAAAACAAUUCACCAGCGAGAACGAAGUGCUGUUGCUGGAACCAGUAACGUUUAUGCUGCUCAUGAAACGUAAUCUUUCUACCGCCUGGUUUACUUCUAUUCCGGACAUCGAUAUGUCUGGCAGAUUGAACAAGAUCAAUCUGCUGUUGAGUAAAGAGGACUACGCUAUGGUUCUGAAAGUGCUAGAGCAGAAUCUGGGGGAGACUUUCGAGGAUUCGAAACCCGUGCAAGCCGUGCCAUCCGCCGUGAAGUCCGAAUACAGCGGAGGCCUUGAGAUUCAACCGGGGUACAAGUAUGAGAUCGACACAUCGCGAGAAAUACCGUCGACUGAAACACAGGAACAACAUGCUCACACAUCCGUGAAGUUUGAAUUCAUUAUGGAUAGUCUGGUGAUCAAUCUCUUCACCGGUGGCUCUAAGUUAUUGCAGUCGCAGGCGUCACCAAUGCACCUACCCGAGCAUGGAUUAGCCCGCUUCAGUCUCACACAUUUUGCCGUGAAGGGCCGUGUGUUCGCAAAUGGUCUGCUGGCCACGUCGAUUCUGCUAAUGAAUUGCACGCUAGAUGACAUGCGGCAGAGUCGAGAGGGCUCGUUGGUGCGAAUCAUGGAAAGGACCAGCAGCGUACCAGGGCCGAGUGAGGAUCAUCUCGAUAAAGAACACGCAAAGUACAAUGUUAGGAGUAUGUUGGAUGUGACAGUGCGUCAAAGCCCGAACGACACGUUUGCCGAUGUGCGAGUGUUCUCUUUCAGCAUCAUCGUCUCCCUCGAUUAUCUCAUGAAGAUCAAGGACUUCUUCGAUGUGGAUGGGCCGAACAAGACGAUUACUACUUCCUCUUCGAAAAAUGAAUUGGUGGCACCAAAGAAAAAACCGGCGCAGCAACAGUUGGCUGCCUCGACACCCAAAAUGUUAACUAUGAAUCUGCACGUAGAAAAGCCAGAUAUUAUCUUGCUCGAAGACAUGGAUGACAUCAAUUCGAAUUGCAUAGUACUGAAUACAGAAUUGUUGCUGAAAGUGCGUAUCAUGGGAGAGCAUCAGGUGAUCUCGGGUUCCAUUAAAGAUCUUUCGCUACUGGCAGGGAUAUAUAAUCCUACGAAGAGGGCUGAUUGGAUCUAUCAGGUCUUAAGGCCAUGCAGCAUUGGCGUAGCCGGUUCUACACCAGAGGGAAAAGGGCUCCAUUUAGAAGUCCGAUGCACGGAUAUACACAUGUCUGUUUCGCCAGGUGUGAUUGAAAUAUUGAGUAAAGUCAUUCAUACGGUGACAAGGAAGGAGGAAGAGGACAAGGAAGUCGUUAAACCCGAGCCUAAUUAUAAAGGAUUGUGGAUCGUCACACCUUUCGAAGAGAAUAAUUAUUGGUUUUUAAAAACAGAAGUUGCGAUGGAAGCACUCGAAGAGUUUACGUAUCCAGACGAUGAGGUUGCAGCACCUUAUAAGCCCGAAUUGGCCAUCGUCUCGGCGCCGACGAUCUUGUUCACUCUGGAGGCGGGUGUCGGCAACAAAACUCUGCCAAUGUUACUGCUUCACGUGGGUUUUCAAAGCAACAUCAACGAUUGGAGUACAAAAUCUAUGAGCAUGGACUGCACUAUGUCGGUGAUCAUGUCGUAUUAUAACAGUCGUCUCGCGUUGUGGGAACCAUUGAUCGAGCCAACAGAAAGCUCCAUUAAUGGUAAACGCGUCUCAACGCCGUGGGAAUUGAAAACGAAGGUUCAAUUUAAUGACAUAAUGCUAGACUCCAGAGGCGCCAGCGCGGUCAGUCCUGCUUCGGAGAGCGAAAUCGAAGAAUUACACCAAUCUACCAAGAUGUCCAUCGACAUUACGUCUUUUGAUAAUCUGGAGAUAACUGUCACAAAGACAUGUUUAGACGUUCUGAAACAAUUGGGCCAAUCAUUUUCCUCGGCUAUGGAGGCCAGCGGGAAAGAGCCCAGUAGGAAAGUGGCGCCGUAUGUGCUGAAAAAUGAGACCGGCCUGGCGAUAAUACUCGAUCUGGAGCACAGUUUCUUCAAGAUUUUUGAUGAUGGAUCGAGAAUAAGAGACCAUAAUGACUCGUAUAUGGAAGUAAUCCUCGAAACUGGUGCGUCGAUACAACUCGCAUCAAAGACGUCCAAGCUGGCUGACAUGCGUCUGAUUGAGCAGUUGAAAGUAGAGACCGUGAAGGACAGAGAAGAUAGUAAAUUCUCCAUAUCUUUUAAAGGCAUUCAAAGCAAAUUGGCGAUACCUGUGUUGAGAGCGGAUAAGAGAUUCUUCUCUUUAAAACACCGAAAGGAAGGUUCUGAGGAAUGGGGUAUUGUGUCGGAUAUUAUUGUGGAAGAGGGUAGCACGAUCGUCACUCUUAGAAGCAUUCUUCAGGUCCACAAUCACUUCGCGCAACCGAUAUCUGUUUAUUAUAUGACGAAGCGUGGAAAUGAGGUAGAAUGCGUGGGCACAGUAGCACCGGAUGGGAAACUUAAUUUACCUCUGGACGCCGUGUAUACCCCGACCAACAUUUAUUGGCUGUUUUUCAGCGUCAGCGGGUACGAAUUUCUUGAAUCUAAUGAAAUAUAUGAGAUAGCUUCCUUAUCAUCAACGAGUGUUAAGAUUGGAAGAACACUGUGUACAGAUAAAGCAAUUACUCAGGCCAUCUGCGUUGCAAUAAUGUUUUUAGUCUCCGGAUCCAAUCCAGCGCAACUUAACACUACGACAUUACCGGAAAUCUUAUCGUAUUAUCCGGCUGGCGUUUCCGUGCAAACAAUACAACACUUUUAUCAAAAUAUCAUUACUAAGAAAUUUCAAGCCUUCGACAACGGAUAUUUCGGCAAUUACAAAAAAUAUAGACAAAUGACACCCAUAAUGUAUGAUUUAAAAAAAAUUACUACGUCCUUGGCUUUAUAUUAUGCCGUUAACGAUUUGCUUGCUCCAAAAUCGAAUGUUCUCGAGAUAUACAAGCAGCUGCCAAACGUUAUCCUGCUGGAGGAAAAUCCAGAUAAAUUAUUCACCCAUUUAGAUUUUUUAUGGGCCAUCGAUGGUAAAACUCUAUUAUAUGAUAGUUUAAUAAAAUUACUUCAGGAGUUUGACAAUCAGGCACGAACAAUUGAUAAUGAAUUCAUCUAUUUCUAA